AUGAAGACGACAAGUUCAUCCCCGAUUGGACUGGCGCAACCUGUCCGCGAUGUGAAGAAGGCGUCCUCGGUCCUCUCGUGGCACGCCGCAGCCCUCCUCUUGCGACUGGGGAAUGUGUCCUUGAGCACCAUUCAUAUCCUGACCCAGAUCAACCACAAAGCGAUCGAGAAGAUGAGCCGCAACCUUGACUUGGUCCGCAAGUGGCACGUCCAGCGAGAGGUCGACGAGGCCACCUUUGAUAAGAAGACUCUUCAGCCCUUUGAGUUGUCUGACGCAGAUGCCAAGACCAACAAGAGUGCUCAGUACGAAUACUGGCACCGCAAUGAAGAUCUGUGGCGUUGUACAGGACAAGUCUUGCAUGACUACAUGCGGCCUGUAGUGUGCAAGUCCCAUUAA